AUGACGAGCUGUUUUGUGAAAAGGGCAAACGAAAAGCACCCUGAAUGUCCUGGAUCCUGCCAACUCGGCGCCGUCGUUGACUCUAUCUCUUCUUCUGCGUCAACAUUCGUAACAGGAGAGUUCAGCACAGUCUCUACGCCCUUCUACAUCGUGAGUAGUUAUGAAAUCGCACUGGAUUCUCUCGCGCUGACACAUCCUCGCAAUUUCCUAAUCGUCAUUUUCGUCAGUGUCGCCUCGGCAUUCCUAGCUCUGUCUCCGCAUCUCGUUGUUCUUGAUGAUGGCACGAUCGUCAAGCUCGCCAGCAUGCCCAAGGUCGUCACCAUCGAUGCUGGACUCUCGCGGUAG